CAGAGGAAAUGGAGGAUGGCGACACUUAUGUUUUUCCUAUAAUACGCGAAGCCAAUUUUAUUCGAUAGCCAAAACCAAAACGCAAUACGCAGAAAAAUCUGAAAGAAAGGAGAAAGAGAAAGAUGAGCAGUGGAGCUGGGAAGAUUGUGUGUGUGACUGGUGCCUCUGGUUACAUAGCUUCAUGGCUUGUCAAGCUUCUUCUCAACCGUGGCUACACAGUCAAGGCCUCUGUUCGUGACCCCAAUGAUUCAAAGAAAACAAACCACUUACAAGUACUUGAUGGGGCCAAGGAGAGACUUCACCUAUUCAAAGCAAAUCUACUGGAAGAAGGUUCUUUUGAUUCUGCUGUUGAGGGCUGUGAUGGGGUUUUCCACACUGCAUCUCCCUUCUAUCAUAAUGUCACGGACCCAGAGGCAGAAUUACUUGAACCUGCAGUGAAGGGAACACUUAAUGUUCUUAAUUCGUGUGCGAAAUUUCCAUCUGUUAAGCGGGUAGUUGUGACAUCCUCUAUGGCUGCAGUUCAUUACAAUAAAAAGGCUAAAACUCCUGAUGUAGUUGUUGAUGAGACUUGGUUUUCUGAUCCAGACAUGUGUAAGGAAACAAAGCAAUGGUAUAUGCUUUCAAAGACAUUGGCUGAAGAAAAUGUCUGGAAGUUUGCAAAAGAGAAGGGUAUUGACAUAGUUACAAUUAACCCUGCAAUGGUGAUUGGUCCUCUCUUACAGCCAACGCUUAACACAAGUGCUGCUGCGAUUUUGAACUUAAUAAAUGGAGCUCAGACAUUUCCCAAUGUAUCAUUUGGAUGGGUUGAUGUCAAAGAUGUUGCCAAUGCACAUAUUCAAGCAUAUGAAAUUCCUACAGCUAGUGGAAGGUAUUGUUUGGUUGAGACAGUUAUACACCAUUCUGAAGUUGUGAGGGUUUUACGUAAACUUUAUCCCUCUUUGCAACUUCCAGAGAAGUGUGCAGAUGAUAAGCCAUUUGCGCCAACAUAUCAGGUGUCCAAAGAAAGGACAAGAAGCUUGGGUAUUGAAUACAUUCCUUUUGAGGUGAGCCUCAAGGAAACUGUUGAAAGCUUGAAGGAAAAGAAGUUUGUCAGUUUUUAAGUAUUGGUAGCACCCUGAAGUUCCUGCCAAGUAAUAAACAAUGGUGAGGCGUGUUGCCUACGACCAUUUUUUGGUUGGUGUUUUGGUUUUAGGAGUCUUCAGCUUGAUGGUGUAUUUCUCUAUAUAUCUAUGUAUGCACUAUGUCGGUUAGUAACUUCAGUCCCAGACUUUUUCCUAUCCAAUAAAAGGAAAUGCUAUGCAUUUCUUUUCUGUUUAGAUUAAGUAUUUACCACUUUCAAAAUUAUAAGAGCUGUGUGAUGCUCAUUUUGAUGUGAAUUUGGAGAAUGAUUAUGAGAAAGACUAUGUACUACUUAAUAAUGAUCGCUGAUGCCAUGAUGGUAAUUAAUCUC